AUGCAACAAGGUGGUAUAAAUUGUAUAAUUUUGGACAGUGGCGGAGCCAGCGUCCGGCCAGGUAGGGCAGCUGCCCAGGCUCCGCCCGACCAUGCUUCACCAUCUCGCGAUGGAGAUCUUCUAUUCUAUGGCCAUCUUCCGAAACAGAUACACACCGCAACACCACUCUUGCCUUUCCGGUUUCCGUUCAAUCAAUUAUCGGUGAGCAUCACCUUCCUCCGCCGAUUCUUUCUUCUUCUUGCUUCUGUUUCAAUUCAUAUCUCCAGCUCAACUGACUCGAUAGAUCCAGUGAUGAAAUUGAAUGGUAUUAUUCAAUCGUUUUCGGCUGCGAUUUGGCGUACUCACUUACCUGAACCUGAAGGAUCAGUGGCGAAUAGAGGUUCUGUAAAUGAUGUAGCAACUGAUAAUGAACCUGAAUCUCCGUUGCCGGUCCAAAACAAACCUCCUGAGCAGAUAACUAUACCAAAGCCGGAUGCAAAACAAGAGAGCGAAUCCGAAAAGGAACCUGAAAAGGAAAAGAAGAAAGAAAGGAAACCUUCUGUGAAGAGAAGUUCUAGUGCUGGACUUCGUGUUGAUUCAGUGUUGCAGAGGGAAACUGGUAAUUUCAAGGACUAUUUUAGUCUAGGGGAAAAACUCGGACAAGAGGAAGAUGUUGAGGAUGUGAGAAGAGAAAUUCAGAUAAUGCACCAUUUGGCUGGACAUCGUAAUGUUAUAUCCAUCAAAGGUGCUGAUGAGGAUGCAGUGGUUGUUCAUGUUGUGAUGGAAUUGUGUGCAGGUGGUGAGCUUUUUGAUCGGAUUAUUCAGCGUGGACAUUAUACCGAAAGAAAGGCUGCUGAACUUAUCAGGACUAUUGUUGGGGUUGUUGAAGCUUGUCAUUCUCUUGGUGUCAUGCAUAAAGACCUUAAACCUGAGAAUUUUCUAUUCGUCAAUCAGCAAGAAGAUUCGCUACUCAAAACUAUUGACUUUGGAUUGUCCGUGUUCUUUAAGCCAGGUCAUACAUUUAUCGAUGUGGUUGGUAGUCCAUAUUAUGUUGCCCCAGAAGUUUUGAAAAAACGUUACGGUCCUGAAGCAGAUGUUUGGAGUGCUGGUGUUAUCCUUUACAUUCUUUUGAGUGGAGUACCUCCAUUUUGGGCUGAAAACGAACAAGGCAUAUUCGAACAGGUUUUUCACGGUGAUCUUGACUUCGCUUCAGAUCCAUGGCCUGCAAUUUCUGAAAGUGCAAAAGAUUUAGUAAGGAAAAUGCUUGUUCGUGACCCUAGAAGACGGAUGACUGCGUAUCAAGUAUUAUGUCAUCCUUGGGUUCAAGUUGAUGGUGUAGCUCCUGACAAACCACUUGAUUCCGCCGUAUUAAGUCGCUUGAAGCAAUUUUCUGCUAUGAACAAGCUUAAGAAAAUGGCUCUUAUAGUCAUUGCAGAGAGCUUAUCAGAAGAAGAAUUAGCUGGCUUAAAAGAAAUGUUCAAGAUGUUAGACACAGAUAACAGCGGUCAAAUUACUUUUGAAGAACUUAAAGUCGGUUUGAAAAAAGUUGGUGCAAAUCUUAAGGAGUCUGAAAUUUAUGAUUUAAUGCAAGCGGCUGAUAUAGAUAACAGUUGA